AUGCUUCCUUCCGGAGGCGAGAAGAAACCGAACAGAAGGCGGGUUCCCGAUUCCCAGCGCCGCCGAACUCUGGUGAGCUGUGAUCGGUGCAAAACCCGCCGCAUUCGCUGUUAUCGCACGAAUGAGAACGAGUCGUGCACCAACUGCCUCACUGGGGGUGUCAAGUGUGAGUCGACUUUGCCCAGAAAGCAACGUGUGUAUGGGAGCGUGGAGAGGUUCAGCUUGCGGUACCGUGCUCUAGAUGCUCUAGUGCGAGGGCUGUUCCCGAACGAAGACACCGACGAUGUCGAAGUCUUGUUCCAGCUUGCUAAGAAUCACAAUAUUCAUAUGCCCUCCCCAGACGACCAGUCGCCGGCCCCGGAAGCGUUCAGUCAUGAUCAGCCAGUGGCACCGGUGGCUCCAGUUGCUCCAGGUACGUCAUCCGCCGACGCUCUUGGGGCUCAGGCAACCAGUUGCCCAUCGAGCAGUUCUGAGUUUGCGUCCAUUAUCCGUCAUAUGGUGACUAAAUACAAAAUGGCAACUUCACAAUCCCAUUGCCAUGGGCGAGAUCCCCAUGAAAAUCAGACAGAAAUGCCAGCCCUGGCUAAUUCUCCGAGAAGCGCAGCUCGGACUUCCAUACAUGGCAAUUAUGUUACCCCAGCAAUGCAUGGAGGGGCGCAGAGGCCAACGGGAUCAAAUGAGACUUCGAAACAGCUAUCUCAAACCAAUCUGCCUUCAAGGCAGAGAGAAUCACAUGAUUCAAGUGUAGGCGCCAACGACAGUUUACGAGAUCUUUUGCCUGAAAAAGGUCUAUGUGAUGCUUUGGUGCAAGCGUACCUUGACAACCUUCACGGUUCAUUUCAGGUCUUCUACAAGCCUAUUUUCCGACUUCGAUAUGAUUCUGUCUGGGACAAGAAAAUUUUGCAGACGGGCAACUCAGACGUAGGUUGGAGCUGUUGUCUGUUCAUGGUCAUCAUCUUGGGCGCUGAAAUUCUGGGAACUGAACGAUUUCCUGGCUCGUUUGCCGUUCAGACGAAAUAUAUGAAGUUGCUCUACGAACAUAACUCGGGUGAGCGGAAUACCUGUUGGCUUGUCUUGGGUAUAGCUGCUCGAAUGGCAAUCACGCUCGGCAUGCACCGUGAAGGAACCUACGGCAGCUUUGAUACAACAGAGUCGCAUACACGUCGAAUUGUUUGGUGGUCGUUAUAUCAAUACGAAUAUAACAUGUCGAGCAUUUUUGGUCGUCCUCCCACCAUUGAUGCGAGAGAAGUGAAUGUCUUGCUGCCACAUGAUGAUGUGCUGGAUGGGCCAGGUUACCCCAAGGGAUUUGCGGAGCAUUAUUUGGAAUUGACUAAUGUUGGGCACCGGAUAAGAAGGCUUAUCACCACGGUCACCGCAAAGUAUACGGAUGAGCGGGAAUUAUUAUCGUAUCAUAGCCACGUCAAGAUAGCCUUGCAAGAGCUGGAGGCGUGGAGAGCCCAAUUACCUCACCAUUUAACACCGCAAUCCCAAGUGCUGACUUCGCGACAUCGCCGUGCGGUAUUGACAUUGCAGGCAACAUACUACCACCUCAAAUCAGUGUUAACGCGGCCGUUCCUAAUCUGCAAGAGCAACCGCAAGAUUGAGUCCUUAUCUCAGGGUGAAUCUCAUGUCAUUAUUCCGGUAGCUCCCACUACAGACCUCCUUAGUCGACAAUGUCAUGCAUCAGCUAUUGCCGUGCUCGAUUGCUUUCUUCAACUUGCCAAGCAUGGUCUUUUGGACGGUGUCGCAUGGGCGGACUUUUACUACAUCAACCACGCUAAUCUAGCCCUUUCUCUUUUUGCAUUGGGCAAGAUCAGUGGUUCUGCACAAGACCAAGAGGAUGAAACAAGCAAAUCUAAAAUCGCUGGGAUAAGUAACAUCUUUGCCAAGACCAAACUCGCACCGACAUACAAAAUCUUCACCAAGGUAACUAUAGACUUGGCCAAAAGUGUAGGGUUGGGAAGUGAGAAACCUCCUCCCACCGAGGAAGCCAGCACAGAGGAAGUGCGUGAAGUCAUUGAGGAACAAAAGCCAGUAACUAAUGCAGGGUUUCCUCUUACUGUCGCUCCAUAUAAUCAGCUUCCGUGGUCCUCGACGGAAACGAUGCCCACGAUGUUUCCUCUGACAAGCGAAAGUUUGCUGGCUCCUCCCGGGCUCCUUGGGUGGUUCUGUCAGGAAGCUAAUAGUGGAUUGCACAUGUCAUGGGAUAUGUUUAAUCUUGGCAACAUACAACUUAGUGGCGCGGAUUACAUGGAAGCUCCUCCGCAAUACUCCGAAAUGUACAUUCAACAACAGCAACAACAACAACAUCAGCAGCAGCAGCAACAAUUUGAGCAUUGGCCAGGAAAGGAGUCGAGCUUCCAUUCUCGUGUCUCAAUGCGUCCGAAGCUCUGGCAUGAAUUGCGAGAUGCCCAUCAGCCACAAGCUAUGCUCACACAGGUCAUUGCUUGCUCUCAUCGAGCUUGA